AACUGGAGCGGUACACAGAGCAAUACAACCCCUUUUACAAAAGCAAGCACUUGUAUAGCGACUGUGUGUUGUUAAUUAGACCCUUCAGUAGCUGUACCCCUGUCGUGCGCUUAUGAUUCGAACGGUUGUACGAGCGGCUGCAUACACAGGACCACGACGCGUAUUGAUGAAUGGACCCAGAGGGAUGAUGGCCAACCUGGCGGCGGUCGAGACAGUUGAGCUGUCUGGGUCGCAGACAUGGGCGUUGGCAGACACCAGUUAUUGUUCCGAGACCAGUCACGGGAGCGAGGACGUGCAGGUUGUGCUCCCAACUGAGGUGGCAGCAACGAUCAUGUCAUCCCCCGUUAGACAACCAGAACUCACAGCAAGUCUCCUUGAUUGUAUAGACAAGGUUGAGUGGGAGUCUUCAUUUGAAGAUACCCAGGACGAUAGGCUCAUGGGGAGCAUUUUGGAUGAAAUUCAGGUGAAAGAAGGAGACUUGGAGCAUGAGAAUGAACUUCUUUCCUUUGCCAAAGAGAAUAAGAAUAAUAAUUCUGGCACUGACUUGUCUGAGACAAAGGAUUGUAAGAGUCCUGCAAUAGAAACCAUUGUAACCAAAGUUCCCAGUACUGCUAGUCCUGUACGAGUCUCUAAUCCAGCUAGUCCUGUGCGACUCUCUCAUCCAGUCAGUUCUACGAGACUAUCCAACCCAGCUCAACUCUCUGCUGAGAAUGUAUCUUCAAGCCCCACCAUACACCAUACCAACCCACUUGUAACCUCUCCAAUAUCAAUAAUCAACUCAAGAAAAGCACCUCCGAAAGUGCUACUUUCGCUGACUAGUACAAUCUUGACACAACCCCCUCGACAACAUCCCCAGGAAUUACCCCAUAAUGAAGCUAACGAUAAUCUUAAUCCCACCAACUCUACGAGUGACCACUUUACAAAUCUAUACCCACCCAGUAAAAUUCCUAGAAGGAAUGAUUCUUUCACAUCCAUGGGCUCUAGAGUUAACAAGGAGCCUCCGAGAUAUGCCACGAUCCACCUUUCCACACAGAGGGCACUUCAUGUCACUUCGGGUUCUAAUGCGACCUCGGCAGACCCCAAUGCAACCAACCCAUCCACCGCAGUUGCCCCCAAGGCAGUGAAGCCAAUGAUUCUUUCCGCAGAACAAGAACAUAUUCUUCAAUUAGCUACCCAUGGGACCUCCCUUUUUUUUACCGGGUCUGCUGGUACUGGUAAAUCGGUGCUUCUUCGUUCGAUAAUCAAAUCUCUUAAAAGGAAGUACAAUGAGGGAGAAGUGGCUGUUACUGCAUCUACAGGGCUUGCCGCAUGCAAUAUUGGAGGUAUAACUCUUCAUAGUUUUGCCGGAAUUGGGUUAGGAAAUGCCCAAACCAAGAAAUGUCUCAAAAUGAUUCGUAGAAACAAAAAGGCCGUCAACAGAUGGAACACGGUGAAGGUAUUAAUUAUUGAUGAAGUGUCGAUGAUUGACGGUAAUUUUUUGGAUAAGUUGGGAGAAAUAGCUCAAACCUUACGUAAGAACAACUCACCAUUUGGAGGAAUUCAGCUCAUUGUUUCCGGAGAUUUCUAUCAAUUACCACCAGUCAUGAAAAGACAAGUGACGAACUCUACCGAAGCUGCUCAUUACGAUUCAUUACCUGAUCCAGAAACAAUAUUUGCAUUCGAAAGUGAAACUUGGAAGGAAACAAUCCGCAAAACUCUUAUUUUGCAAGAAGUGUUCCGUCAAAAGGGUGAUCAAGGAUUCAUUGAUAUGUUGAAUGAAAUGAGAGGUGGGAAAGUUAGUAAAAAGACUCAAAACCAAUUCCAAUACCUCAGUCGUGAAUUACCAAAACAUGAUGGGAUCGAACCGGCUGAAUUGUUCCCCACCAGAAUCGAAGUGGAUAGAGCAAAUAAUAAGAGAUUGUAUGAAUUACCCGGGAAGUCUCAAGCGUUUCAAUGUAUAGAUUCAGGUUCCUUGAACCCAGCUCAAAGAGCAACGUUAUUGAAUAACUCAUUGGCUCCAAGAACUUUAUUCUUGAAAAAAAAUGCACAAGUAAUGUGUAUCAAGAAUUUUGAUGAAACUUUGGUCAAUGGAAGUUUAGGUCAAGUUGUAGAUUUCAUGGAUAGAGAAACUUAUAUGGUUUAUAAGGAGAUUAAAGAGGAACCAUGGCAAGAUGCUGAUGAAGUGGAGAAGAAAUUGGGGGAAUUUAGAAGGAAGGCUGAAAGAACUCCUCCAAUCGAAUUGCCCGAAGAAGAAGAUAGCACAACCAAAUUUACAACUGAGCAAUUGAUGGAUAGUCAAGAUUCAAUCUUUGCAUUUCUAAAAGAUGUCGAAGAACCACUGCAAGAUACCCAAUCAGAAUCUUUUAUACAUCAAAUGUCAAUCAAUCGUAAAAGAGAUCUUUUGAAAACUCUUUAUACAAAUACUAGUCACAGGAAGUACCCACUUGUGCGAUUUCUUCUCCCCGAUGGGUUCAACACGCGUGAAGUUCUAGUAGAGCCUGAAGAAUGGACCAUUGAGGAUGAGCAAGAUAUCGUACUCGCUCGUAGAGUUCAACUUCCACUCAUUUUGGCUUGGUCACUUUCUAUCCAUAAGUCACAAGGACAAACGCUUCCGAAGGUUAAAGUAGACCUUCGUAGAGUGUUUGAGAGAGGUCAGGCAUAUGUGGCAUUGUCACGGGCGGUUUCAAGACGUGGUCUUCAGGUGUUAAAUUUCCAUCCAGAUAAGGUUAUGGUGCAUGAAAAGGUGAAUAAGUUUUAUACCACGUUGAUUUCGGCCCUGGGCGAGUCCAAGAAUAAUGAAAAGGUACAACAACCGGAGUUUAGACAGAAGAAGAUGGAUGAUUUUUUGGGAAAUAGGAUAUAAUGGUAAAUAUAUAAAUAGAAUAUAAGCUAAUAUGCGAAGGUAUUGUAUUGUUUUUCUAUUUACAGGAGUGGCUAUAUUCGUUUGUGAU